AUGAGGGAGGAUCUCAGUAACAAUGAGAAAUCAGAAGCGACAAUAGCAGUCAAUCAAACUUUGAGCCAGGUUGAAGCCCCUCAAGACCUUGCAAACAAUGAAACCAAUGAACUGCCAUCUACUAGUGAUAAUGGUGCGACAACUGAAUCUACCAAUAGACCUACACAAGACUUACCUAUAGACGAAAGGGAAGAGAGCAAUCCACUCAAUAUACAGACACAGGUCAGUGAAAAAUUGGAGCAAUCCUCGAGCAGUAGCGCAGUUGAUCAAAUGCAGAACACCACCGUAGGCGCUUCAAAUGAGUUAGGAAACGAAACUGCCGAUGAUAUUGUACCUCUCGAGAACGUUAAAGCCCCAGAAGAAGAAGUUCAAAAAGAGGAAUCUUUAGAUCAAAUAGCUUCUUUUAUCAACCAAGACCAAAAGAGCGAUGCCAAGAUUGAUGCUCUCUCAGAUGAUGAGAUCGAUGUCGAGGAUGUGUCAUCAGAUGAUUCUAGAAGCAGCAGCGACAGCAGAAACAGCUCUGAAGAUAGCGAGUCUGAUCUGGAUGAAAGCGAACAAGAAGAAGAAAAUGAUGCAAAUGGUAAUGAAGAUGGCCUCGAUGAGGAUGAAGAAGUGAUCGAUGGUCCUAUAAAGUCUGUGAAUGAAGUUACAAACGAAAACGUUCCUACACUACCCGAAGGUUACGAGAUACCCAAAAGCGCACCGAUCGAGGAGAUUGGCGAAAUAACAGGACUUGUUGACAGGUCUAUCAUCAUCAAGGCAAAAACAUCAGGCGAGUUUCGUAUCUUGAAAGAAGGCUCAGUAUUGUGCCUUGAAGACAAAACUCUAAUUGGAUUAUUAUACGAGAUUUUUGGUAGAGUGCAGCUGCCCAUUUACACGAUUAGGUUCAAUCUGGAUGAAGAUUUUGAAAAGUUCAAAGAUGCCAAAGGAAAAAGUGUAUACUAUGUUGUACCUGACUCCCAAUUCCUAUAUACUGAUACAAUCAAGCAUAACAAAGGAACUGAUGCAAGUAACUGUCAUGAUGAAGAACUUCCUGAGGAUGAACAAGAAUUUUCAGAUGACGAGCAAGAGCUAGCUGCAAAGCAAGCAAAGAAGAAGAGAAAGAACAAGAAUAAAGUUGUCAAGGAAAGAAAGAAUCCUAAUUUAAGUUUGCAUAGGGCUCAUAUACCCGCAUACUCGCCGAUAACCUCGGCACGGUCAUCAACUGAGUCGGCAAGACGGACUCAGCAUCAUGGACAAGAAUCUGUUGGGUCUAGCCAACUGCAUCAUUCAAGCUUUCAACCUACAUCUCAUUAUCAACAACCUCAGCAUAGUUUUCCUCAACAGAGCAGCUAUGGCACACCACCGCCUUAUAACAACCUGACUGUGAUGUAUGGCAGUCCUCAACCUCAGUAUCAACAACAGCUGACGCAAAGUUUUUCUUCCUACCCAUACCCACAGCAGUAUUUCCCUCAAUUCCAAUCAAAUAUUCCUCAAUACGGUCAAGCGCCAUACAAUCCUGUGCCACACCAUCAACCUCAACAUCAGCAUCAAUUUCAAACUUUCGCACCUCCACCACAACAGAACCCCACACUGAAUUCUCAGCAAAACGUUGACCCAGCACAACUUGCCCGAUUACAAGAACUAUUGAUACAGCAAAUGCAGAACGCACAACAUCAUUCACAUCAGCAAUAA